AUGGGCGUUGAGAGCACGCAGUGUGAGGAACUAGUCCGGUGCAACACCUCAGCGUGCAACCGCACCUAUUACGGCGACCUGGGGCGGACGUACGAAUUGGAGCUGCACCGGCCGCGGGAGGACCGCCUGCCUUUCGUCUGCAGGCUCACCUUCACCGCCAGCGGCGGCGACUUGGGUGACCUCGUGCAGCUGACGUUCGAGAGCUUCACGCUGGGCCGCUUCGUGUCGUUCACGGCGGACGGCUGCCCGGACGGCGCGCUGCACAUCUCCGAGUCGGAGCGGCCGCGCGGCGGCGGCGAGUGGUGCGGCGCGUCCUGGGGCUCCGCCGUCUACGUGAGCGAGACGCGCUCCGUGUCGCUGGUGCUGCGCGUGCUGCGGCUGGCGCGCGCCGGCCAGGGCUCGGGCGCCGCCGGACACGGCUUCGACUUCCGGCUCGCCUACAAGACGCUGCCCAGGGCCGCCGCCGUCGUGCGCUACGGCCCGGGCCGGCACAACGAGAGCGAGGGCGGCGCCGGCGAGCAGGAGGCGGGCUUCCACCUGGGCGAGCUGAUGGCGGGCACGUCGUGCUCGCGGCUCUUCAGCGAGUGCUCGCGGCGGCCGUGCCGGCUGCAGUCGCCCAACUGGCCGGGCGUGUACCCGCGCAACGCCACCUGCUACUACGCCGUGCGCCAGCACGAGGCGCCGCCGGGCCAGCACGCGCUCAUCGCCGUGCGGCAGCCGCGCGGCCAGCUCGUCGCCAUCCGCAGCAGCCACCUCAGCGGGCAGCCGCGCAUCGGCGACGGCUCCGGCGUCGCCGUGUGGUCGGAGUGCGACGAGGUGCAGGACUACGUGACGGUGUACGACGGCUACACGACGCGCGACCCGGUGCUGCUGCGCUUCUGCGGGGGCGGCGAGCCGGUGCCCGAGGCGGUGAGCAGCGGGCCGGAGCUGCUGGUGCAGUUCUCCACCGCGCCCUACGGCACCUUCCUGCAGCAGCCGCCGCCGCCGCUGCCGCUGCACGGCUUCCAGCUAGACGUGCAGGUGCGGUACGUGCCGCAGCAGUCGUGGACGUACGUGCGCAACAAGCGGUGCGAGUUCUCGGUGGAGGGCCCGCCGUGGCGCGGCUGGCUGGAGGCGCCCCGGCACUCGCUGCCGCGCGGCGCCACCUGCCGCUACGCGGUGCGCGCGCCGCCCGGCCGGCGCGUCUGGCUGGCGCUGCUCAAGUUCCACGCGGGCGGCGACCCGCCGCAGGACUGCGACGCCGCCAGCCUCGCGCUCUUCGACGGCGAGCUGCCGCCCGCGCCGCACGCCCUCUGCCUCGCCGUCGACCGCCAGUGCGAGCAAGACAAGAAGGAUAAGGUGCGUUUCCCGGCAGGAGGAGGCGGCGCUGCCCCUGCGGCCAACGGCAACGCCAACGGCAACGGCAACGGCACGCUGCUGGCGCGCUUCUGCCGCGACGUGUCGCCGCGCUCGUGUGAGCACGCGCUGCUGCGCGCCAACGCCUCCAGGCCCUGCUCGCCCACCGAGAGCUUCCUCUCAGCCGGCCCCGUGCUCACCCUGCAGAUGCACGUACGCGAGGCCACGGCGCUCAGGCCGGUGGAGUUCGUGGCUCAGUACGAGUUCGUGGACGUCCGAGAGGCCGGUGAGCCGCUGGCGGGACCGCGCCGGCCUUGCGCGCGGCAGUUCUCCGCCUCGCCGCAAGAUGGCCUGCAGGAGCUCUCCACGCCGCCCAACGUCUUCCUCUACGGUCGCGGCGGCGCGCACAACAUCAGCUGCACGUACCGGCUGUCGGCGGCGGCGUCGGCGGCGGCGCCGGCCGGCGAGCGCGUGCAGGUGAACGUGACGGCGGUCCGCACGGGCGGCCGGCGCUGCUCUGCGGCGGCCUCGCUGUGGCUGCUGGACCUGCGCUUCCGCGUCACCGCCAUGAACGCCACCGAGGACUUCUCGCACAUCGGCUUCCACGCCACGUGGCGCGCCGUCGCCGCCGAGCCCUGCGCCGAGAACCGACGCCUCUCCGGCCCCAGCGGGGAGAUUCGUCUGCGCUCCCCGGAGAAGAGGCCAUUAUUACGGCCGGAGGUGUACUGUGACGGCCAGCCGUGGCUGAUCGAGCCCGGCGUGGGCCGCUACCUGUACGUGAAGAUCCGCGGCAUCGCGCUCAACGAGACGGACGGCGAGGGCGAGCUGGGCGGCGCCGCCCACGAGCCACUCGUCGUGUGCCCGUCGCCGGCACGCCACGACCGCCGCCACCGGCUCGUCGAGCUCUUCUCGGAGGGCUGGCUGCCGCACGACGCCGCCGGCGCCCUGCGCGCCGUCGAGCCCGGCGCCUACUCGCUCACCUGGCUCGAGCUCGCGCGGAGGCGCAGCGUGCACCCGCCGGAGAACUUCGUGCAGGACGACUGCCCGCACCGCUGCCCGGAGCUGGACGCGUGCAUCAACGCGUCGCUGUGGUGCGACGGCGUGGCGCACUGCCCGUCGGGCGCGGACGAGCGGCUGUCGGAGUGCUGGGCGCGGCUGGUGCCUCUGCCGUGGGCCGCGGCGGCGCUGGCGGCGCUUUCUGCGGGCUACGUCGAGGUGGACCGCGUCACCACCGUCUGA